CGGGCGGGGAGCGGCGGAGGCACCGCCCCGGCCGGGCCUUUAUAGCGCCCGCCCCGGGCUGCUGCUGCUACAGCUCCGGCUGUGCUGUGACCGGCCUCCUGUCCCGCUCUUGGGCUGAAUCAAAACAAAACAGAAGAGGAACGAAGUGAGAAGUUAACUAACACCAUGAAGCUAUUUAUCUUCCUCUCAGUAACCCUCAGCACUCUUGUCACGGGACUAGAUUCUGCUUAUGGCAAGCAACACUACAGACCAUUACAUAAACACAGGGGAUGUCACUGUCUGAAUGGAGGAACAUGCAUUACCUAUUAUCUCUUUAGCCGAAUAAGUCGCUGCCUGUGCCCGGAAGGAUAUGGUGGGCUUCACUGUGAAAUAGAUGAUGGCAGUGUAUGCUACACUGGGAAUGGGGAGAACUACAGAGGAACAGCAUCUGAACGAGACUGUUUACUAUGGGAUCUUCCUUCGGUAAUCAAGAGAGGUGCUUACCAUGCUGACAUGAAGAAUGCUCUGCAGCUUGGACUGGGCAAACACAACUACUGCAGAAACCCAAAUGGAAAGAGCAAGCCCUGGUGCUACACCAGGAAGAAAUGGUCCCUUGAAGAAACACCCUGCAGCAUAGAUAAGUGUGAUCUGAAUCAUAUCUUCCUCACAGAGCCAAAAGAAGCUUCAUGUGGCCAAAGAAGCAUCAGCAAGUACUUCAAGAUUGUUGGUGGAAGUCAGGCUGAGGUUGAGUCUCAGCCUUGGAUAGCUGGCAUCUUCCAAAACAUCAAGGGUGUCGAUCACUUUCUGUGCGGUGGCAGCCUCAUUGACCCUUGCUGGGUGCUUACAGCAGCACACUGCUUUUAUGAUCCGUCAAAAACAAAAUCUAGUAUGUCAGUCUACAAAGUCUUCCUUGGGAAGUCCAGACUGAAUGUUACUGAUGAAAAUGAACAAGUGUUCAUGGUGGAUGAAAUCAUCUCUCACCCUGACUUUACAGAUGAAACAGGUGGCAAUGAGAAUGACAUUGCUUUGGUAAGAAUAAAAACACAUUCUGGACAGUGUGCAGUAGAAUCCAAGUAUGUCAGAACAGUCUGCUUGCCAGAGAGGAGCCUUAACCUAGAUGACAAUACCCGGUGUGAAAUAGCUGGCUAUGGAAAACAGGAUUACUAUGAUAUUUACUAUGCUCAAAGACUGAUGUCAGCCAGUGUUAACUUAAUAUCACAGCAUAAAUGCAUAACUGAAUACUAUGACAGUAUCAGAGUUACUGACAACAUGGUCUGUGCUGGAGACUCCCUGUGGGCAACUGAUGCAUGCAAGGGAGAUUCCGGUGGCCCCAUGGUCUGUGAACACAAUGGCAGGAUGACGCUUUAUGGGAUUGUCAGCUGGGGAGAUGGCUGCGCAAAGAAAAACAAGCCCGGUGUUUACACCAGAGUUACUAAAUACCUUAACUGGAUUGACUCCAAUAUGAAUGCAGUGCUUACCAAAAGUCGUUCUUUCCCUGAACCAAAGUGAUCUUUCUCUACAUCUGGACUCAAAUGAACAAGAUUAAGUCUAGGCUGAUGCCAGGACACAGAAGUACUGACUGUCACAAGUCUUUACUUUUAACUGCUCCUGUAGUCUGCCACUCACAUCACUUUCUGAUGCAGAGAGACAGUUGGUAUUAACUCACUACUAUGAAUUACUGAGAACCACUCUAUGGGAAGCUAAAAUAUUUAACAUUUAAAUGAGUAUUCCCAUGCACAGUACUAUGCAUAUCAAGUUAUCUGUCCACUUAAUUUAUGAACUGGCAUCUGGUCUGGCAGUACUGGUCAGUUUUUAACUCAUUUUACUUGUGUGCAUUUGGUACAUGGCUUCAGUCUAAAAUCUUUCCCCAUAACCCUGAGCAAUGCUGAGUCAGAUGUAAUGUGUGAAUAGCAGUACUGAGAGGGUGACCAUGCUUUGCAUCAGAAUAUGCAAGAAAUAGUAUCACCACUAAAUAUCACUUAAUGUAUGAAGAAGGACCAAAGUCACCUCAGACUGAAGCAACAGGUGGUAUACAGGGAUCACUUCUGUAGAUCUAACACUAAUCUUCAGGAUGACAGCUGCAGCUGUCUUGGUAUGAAAACAUCAAGAGUUCAUACACUGAAGAAGGGGGCUGAAGAAGAGAACUUCAACAUAACUGGACUUCCAGUUCCACCUUCUAUGUCCCCUGAGAAGUCUGGCUAAGCCACCUCUUUCCAUGUAUGUACAUAACACUGAGAAGAUGUAAGAAUUCAGUAGUCCUUGAGUGCUACGGGUGUCAAAAGUCAGCAAGUUAUUUCCAUUCACUUAAUUGAGAUACGGAAACUACUUCCUUCUCGUUAAGACUUAUGCUGGUUUUAUUUUAAAACUUGUCUUUGUUUUAUAGAGUGAAUUAUUCAUAUGAGGGCUGGAACCUCUUGUUUUAUUUAAUUAUUUUUAUUAUGUUUAACUUAUUAUUUGUAUUAUAUAUGUAAAUCUAUCAAUAAAACUAUUAUUCUUA